AGCAGGUGUCCUAUGAUGUGCCUCCAGCAGUGGGAACCACAACCAGCAGGAGGCUCAGAGGCACCGGAGCCUAGAGCCAGGGAAGGCAGGGUGCUUCUUCAACUUCCAGCAUGGCACAGAGCACAAGCACCGUUUCUUCUGUUUCCUCCCGGACACAGGACGGGGCCCUCGGGAUUAGGAGAGGCUCAAAUCCAAACAGACCAGGUUCAGUUCUGCAGCGGAGCGACAGCCGUGGUUCAGGCCGCCCUCUGCAAACCCAGGCAAGAACGUGUAGCCAUAAAGCGGAUCAACCUGGAAAAAUGCCAGACGAGUAUGGAUGAGCUAUUAAAAGAAAUUCAGGCCAUGAGUCAGUGCAGCCACCCCAACGUAGUGACUUAUUACACUUCCUUUGUGGUCAAAGAUGAACUUUGGCUGGUCAUGAAAUUACUAAGCGGAGGUUCCAUGUUGGAUAUCAUCAAAUACAUCGUCAAUCGAGGAGAGCACAAGAAUGGAGUUCUGGAAGAGGCAAUAAUCGCAACAAUUCUUAAGGAAGUUUUGGAAGGUUUAGACUAUCUGCACAGAAACGGCCAGAUCCACAGGGAUUUGAAGGCUGGUAAUAUUCUUCUGGGUGAGGAUGGUUCAGUACAGAUAGCGGAUUUCGGAGUAAGUGCAUUCUUAGCAACAGGGGGUGAUGUUACACGGAAUAAAGUGAGAAAAACAUUUGUUGGUACCCCAUGUUGGAUGGCUCCUGAAGUCAUGGAACAGGUCAGAGGCUAUGACUUCAAGGCUGACAUGUGGAGUUUCGGAAUAACUGCCAUUGAACUAGCGACUGGAGCCGCGCCCUAUCACAAAUACCCUCCAAUGAAAGUGCUGAUGCUGACUUUGCAAAAUGACCCACCCACUUUAGAAACUGGAGUAGAGGAUAAAGAAAUGAUGAAAAAAUAUGGCAAGUCCUUCAGAAAGUUACUUUCACUGUGUCUUCAGAAAGAUCCUUCCAAAAGGCCCACAGCAGCAGAACUUUUAAAAUGCAAAUUCUUCCAGAAAGCCAAGAAUAGAGAGUACCUGAUUGAGAAGUUGCUGACGAGAACGCCAGACAUAGCCCAGAGAGCCAAGAAGGUACGGCGAGUUCCUGGGUCCAGUGGUCACCUCCAUAAAACUGAAGAUGGAGAUUGGGAGUGGAGUGAUGACGAAAUGGAUGAGAAGAGUGAGGAAGGAAAGGCAGCUGCCUCCCAAGAGAAGUCUCGAAGAGUAAAAGAAGAAAAUCCAGAGAUCUCGGUAAACGCUGGUGGCAUCCCAGAGCAAAUACAGUCCCUCUCCGUGCACGACUCUCAGGGCCAACCCAAUGCCAACGAAGACUACAGAGAAGGUCCUUGCGCAGUCAACCUUGUUUUAAGAUUAAGAAACUCCAGAAAGGAACUGAAUGACAUACGAUUUGAAUUUACUCCAGGAAGAGAUACAGCAGAUGGUGUGUCUCAGGAGCUCUUCUCUGCUGGCUUGGUUGACGGUCAUGAUGUAGUUAUAGUGGCUGCUAAUUUACAGAAGAUUGUAGAUGACCCCAAAGCUUUAAAAACAUUGACAUUUAAGUUGGCUUCCGGCUGCGAUGGGGCGGAGAUUCCGGAUGAAGUGAAGCUGAUCGGGUUUGCUCAGCUGAGUGUGAGCUGAUGUAUGUCCCCCUCUGUCACCCUCAUCUAUCAUGCCCCACCUCUUCCAGCCCUCCCCCCACCCCCGCCUCCUUCUCCCCUCCCCCUCACUCCCAGUUCCCAACAAAAUAAGAAGAUUGUGAAGAGGCUGGCUUCGAUGACGUGGGAUAAAAAAAAAAAAUACUUUUUUACAAACUUAGAGCACUCUGAGUUCUGCUUUCUUCUCCAGCAAUCCACAGUCUGAGAACAGGCACGUGCCGCUGCCCGACGGUUGCCGACUUCUUUCCAGAAAGCUGUUUAAUAUUCUUAGCAGUCUCAAUUUGGAUAGCCCGUAAGAGAGGAGUCUGAAACACACUCAGGUGGUCCUGUCUCUUGCUAACAAAAGGAAUCUUCUACCUGAAGCCUUUUCUCCUUCUAUUGUAUUUCUGUUUAAUACUUUAAUUGUACAUCUGACAAUACUGCCUCUCUUAUGUUGUACUUAGAAAUUAAUAUACUUAUAAAAUUCAGAUUUAUUAGCCAAACUUGAAUUCUAGUUUUAAAACUGACUGUGAAUUUUAUUUUUCAUAUAUUUAUGCUUUCCACACCUUAGCGAUGAGGGAACCAGUUUUCAUCAUAUGCUUCCUGCAGUUGAUCUCUGGUUCUUUAAACCAAAAUUUCAGGUCUAUCUUUGGAGUAUUUGUAACUUCUAAUUUUUGAAAUGACUGAAUUAAGAAUUUGGAUGUUUGCUCUUUUGGUUUGUUUGCCUAAAAUCCAGUCCACAAUCCAGUUGUCUCUUGGGAGAGGGAGGUGCCUUGCAAACUUUCAUAUUACGAAUGUGCCUGAGGCUGCUUUACUCUGGAAUAGUCUCAGAUCUAAAACCUGCACUCCAUAAGGUGGCAUACUUAAAUUUUGCUUCAUACGAACAUUUAGAAUACUAUAAAAACAUUGCCAUUCUGUUAGAUUGUUAACUACACCCUUGUCUCUGAUUUGGCUCUCCUGAGGUGACGGGAUUUGUUAUUUUUAAGGUGAUAAACAUGACAGCACCAGAAUCUGAGUUCUACUUGAAACUCUGCAGAAUACACAGAUGGUGUGAAAAUAAUAGAAAGGGUUUUGUGCAAUGACAAAAGGUAAAAUUGCUGUAAACAUUCAAGAAUAAAUAUUUCCAACCCAAGAACCUUCUGCUUGACUAUGUAUUAUGAACCUAGUGAACGUUAGGAUUUUCAAAUUCGGAGUCUAAACCUUCGAGGAGGUGGGCUCCCGGGAUGGUACCAUUGCUCUUUCCUAGCUAACCCUAGAUACGGCAGCUCUUUAAUGUACUUUAAAAGCAAAUAUAUAUUACUAAGGAAAGAAGUUAUUUAUAAUUGCCUUGUCAUAAUUGUUAAGGUGUUCUAGAACCAUUUGCAUACAGUUUAAUGUAAUUCCAUUCCAUUCUGUUGUUUACACAAUUACUCAAAGAUGACUGCAAAGGUAAAAGGAAAUAAAAGUGUAUUGCACAGUG